ACCUGUUAGCUGUAGCUUAUAGGCUGUAGUUUAUUUCCCAGUGCUCAGAACAAAAGCAGAGAGAGGGGAGGCCGGGAGAGUCGCACCCGUUGGUUUAGAGAGUUGACGGUUGCUUGUGCUUUUUCACGUGCAAGAUCCGUCUUCAGUUUAUCAAAAUCCCGCAUUCUAAAAUUUAUAAUUUCUAGAAAAUCAAACACAAUUCUUAAUCUUCUCUUCUCUUUCAGUGUUUGCCAAUCAUCUAUUACAUUAUUAUUUUUGUCUAAUAAAUUAAUUAAAUAAUUGUAAACUGAUUAAUUUAUAUUUGUGUUCAUAUAUUGAUCAGCGUUUUGUUUUCUGAACUCGUCGAAACCCUAAUUUGGUCAUGGCUAUGGCUGCCGAUUCGGCUGCCAAUCACCACCUCGACGGCGUCAAUAGGAAAAGUAGUUUACCAUCUCCCUGGGCUAAGGUGGUCCGAGGGGCUGAACCAGAGGCUGUUCAUCAAUCGCCGCCAUCGUCCUCUUCAUCGUUGUCCUCGCUGGGAACCUCGGCACCGGAGCAAACCCCUUUUUCCGAUUGCUCCGUAUCCUCCAAAGCUGCUCGUUCUUCGCCGCCGCCAUUGCCUCUGCCUGCGGCGGAUGGUUCCUCAGCUGCUGAGGGUUCCAAUGGGAACAACGGCAAUGCGGCUAGGCCAAAGAAGCCGGCUUGGAACAAGCCCGCUAACGACGUCGUUGAGGUUAGUCCUACAACUGUAAUGGGUGCUGUUUCUUGGCCUGCUUUAUCUGAGUCCACUAGGGCUUCACCUAAAUUACCGGCUGAUUCCUCUUCAAAGACUGUCUCCGAUGCAACUGUCACCCAUGGAUCAGUCUCGGUUUCUCAGGCACCUGUUAUAACACAUUCACCCAACUCCAAAAGACAUUCUACAAAUAAUGCAAGCCCUAACUCCACAUCGAAUAAUGCAUUUCCAGCUCGACAAAGACUAUCAAAGCGGGGUGGCGGUGGCAGCACUGGUGGUGGGCACGCACACAGUGGUUUUGGACACCCUCCCACACCGCCACCACCGCCACCACCGCCACCAUUCCCUGUUUUCCCUAUACUUCCAAAUGGUUAUGGUAAUCUGGUACCAACGAUGCCUGAUCCUUCUUCAAGAGACCCUUCUUUUCGGGGAAACAGUUGGGAUGUUAGACCAGUUGGUGGGUUUGUACCUCAAUCACACCAAGUAAAUGAUCAUCGCAAUAAUUCCCGUAGGGGAAAUUUUGGCCCCCACCCCCGUGGAGAUGGUUCCUACCACAACAAUCACGGAAUCAAGCGUGACCAAGAUCGUGGAAAUUAUAUGAAUGCCAGGGAUGCCCACAUGCAUCAGCAUAGAGCUCCUCCAAGGGGCCUUGUAAGGUCUGCACCACCAAACACUGCUGCAUUUCCUCCCCAGACUGCAAGGCCAUUUGCAAACCCCAUGGGUUUUCCUGGUGAGUUUGUUUAUAUCCCUACAUUGCCUUUGGAGCCCAUGAGAGGCAUGCCAUUCAUUUCUCAAGCACCACAUCCUGCAAUGUUUAUUCCUGUUGCAGAAUCUCCUCUGCCUUCUUUAAUAGUCAACCAAAUAGAUUAUUAUUUCAGUGAUGCUAAUCUGAUAAAAGAUGACUUUUUGAGGUCAAACAUGGAUGCUCAGGGCUGGGUUCCCAUUUCUUUAAUAGCAAACUUUCCUCGGGUUAAGAGUUUGACAACCAGCAUCCAAUUGAUAUUGGAUUCCUUGAGAGCUUCAAGUAUUGUUGAAGUACAUGAUGACAAGGUGAGGAGGCUUAAUGAAUGGAUGAAAUGGAUACCUGCUGGUAGUCAGCUUCCCUUUGAGUCAGGCUCAUCAUCGCCUGGUGUAUUAAGUCAUAAAACGCUUGCAACUUCUUUUGAGAAGAUGACAGUGGAGGAAGAGGCUCCCAGCCAAACUAACACGACAGGUAAGCUAGAAUCAAACUGUGUGUCUAUUCCAGAGAGCUGUUCAACUGAGUCAGCUGGCUUGUCACAACUUCCCAAUGGGGAUGUUACCCAAACCAACCAUUGAAGUUGAAGUAGAUCCAUCUGUACCACCAAAGAAUUCAAGCAAAAUCCAGUAUAAAGAGUGCACUGCUAAUUUUGGAGGGUAUGCUAAAGUAAUGAGGGGAGGAAGGUAGCUGUGUUGAAGGCAUGCAAAUUCUUUUCUUUAUUUUCUGUCACUUUGCCUAGUUUUGGCAUGUUUUUGAGGCUAGUACAGGAAACAAAUAAAAAAUAAUUAUAAAUUAUCGUUGAAGUGCAAAGAAAGGGAGGAAGAUGAGGAGGCAGAAUUUGGAGGUCAUUGGUUUGUAUAGUUUGGAUUUGGUGUGGAUGUUUGGGCGUCUAUUUUGUGGUUGAUCAAAAGAAGAGCUUAAUUUGAGAUGUUAUCUUCAUAGCUGAGGGAAUGUUAGCAAUUCUUUUUGUUUGUCUGUCACUCUACAGUAGGUGCAGUGCGCCCUAUGUUUGUUUGCCACCCAGGGAUGGUCAGACCAUGGCUUGAAUUUUUGCAAUUUUGUACUCUAAUCUUAACCUUUCCUCA